AUGGGCUACUUCAGUGACAGCCAAGCGCUCUCCCGCCCGGACCCCGGCGAGGGACGUGUCCUACGGUCGGACGGCGGCCGGCGUUGGCACGAGGCCCCUGCCCCACAGCUGAAGACGGACUCCACCGGGACCGGCACCCUGGGGCAGCGCGUGAGGCUGCCGAUCAGGCGGCCGCAGAGUUCCGGGAGUGUGCGGGACCAGCGGUCGCCGCCGCCACCACCACUGCUGCUGCUGCUGCUGUUGGGACUGGUGCGGGAGGGCGCAGCAGAGAGUCCCUGGGGGCUGCCCUUGGUGGCCGAUAGCCCGGCGGCCAGGGCAAAGGUGGUGAUGGCAGAACUGGCACACCUGAAGUUGGAAAAGAAGCCGUGGCCUACAAGGACACACUCGCUCCACUACUACUACCUGGCCCUAUCAGAGCCAGGCCCGAGCCUCCCGAAGUUUCUGGCUGUAGGCUACGUGGACGACCAGCCCUUCAUCCGGUUUGACAGUCGUGUGGGCAAGGCUGAGCCCCAGGCCCCAUGGAUGACGCCAAUGGAUGCCCAGUACUGGGAGACGGAGACCAAGAAGCAGGAGAAAUGGGCGGAGGUGCAGCAGGUGGAGAUGUGGACGGUGAUGGGCUACCACAACCACAGCAGCGGCAUGCACAGCACUCAGCGCAUGUUCGGCUGUGAGAUCCAGGAAGACGGCCGCUACAGGGGCUUCUGGCAGUUUGGCUACGAUGGGCAGGACCACCUGUCGCUGGACCUGGAAACCCUGAGCUGGGUGUCAGCUGAGCCCGUGGCCACGCGGACCAAGCACUGGUGGGAGACAGAGCGCUGCUACGCAGAGUACGACAAGGCCUACCUGGAAGGCCCCUGCCUUGCCUCCCUGCACAGAUACCUGGAGCUGGGAGGCCAGAGAUUCAGCCGGAGAGAGCCACCCACAGUGCGGAUAACAAAGCACUCGGCCAAGGAUGGGGGCACCACCCUGAGGUGCUGGGCCCUGGGCUUCUAUCCACACGACAUCUUGCUGAGCUGGUGGCUGGGGGAGAAGAAGCUGGAUUCUGAGUAUGUGGAGACACGGCCCAGUGGGGACGGCACCUAUCAGACGUGGGUGGCUGUGUGGGUGCCGGCGGGGAAGAAGGCCCAGUACACCUGCCACGUGCAGCACUCCAGCCUGAACCACACGCUCACUGUGUCCUGGGAGUCCUCUCAUCCUGGACUUAUUGCCAUGGUUAUCUCCCUCAUCCUGGUCUUGCUGGUGGUUGUUGGUGGUGUGAUCUUGACCAAGUGCAUUCAAGCCAGGAAUAAGGAAUCUUACGAGCAAGCCCCAGGUGGAGAGGACCCCCAUAAUUCCCAAAGCCCAGCAAGAGCAGGGGCUACUCAACUCAUCUGCUGACAGAAGGUCACCGUCACAGAUCAAGGAGGUGUUUUGUGGGUUAUUUGGGGACCUGAAGGCCCCCUGCGCUGGCUGGCUGGUGUGAAAUCUGACUGUGAAGGGCCCACCCCGCCCCAACACUGAGGCGUCCUCACCCCUAUCAGCCUUGUUACAAGCGGUCUGUGCCACUAAGACAGCUUUUGCCAUCUUCCUGAA